AUGGCUUUCACUUCCAGUUCAGUUAAAGGCAAGAAGGGUUGGCAUGGGUCACUGACACUGGAUGUACUUAUAGAUACCGAUUCGGAAGGUCCCCGCGGCCGUACUGGCCGCCCUGAGAGCCGUUCUGAGACUCCCUCCUCUGCACACUCGUCUCGUUCUCGUCACAGCACCCUCUCCCACGUACACUUCGAAGAGCCCAACAUGUGCAACCCACUGGCAUCUCCUCGCUCUGACACGACUAUCACUGCAGUCCCGGUGCCUGUGCCUGUUAAGUCGACCAACCCUAAGGUUGGUUUGCCUUCGACGAGUGUCGCAGACAGCAGCUCGCAGUCCUCGGAUGCGUUGCCUGGUCCUUCACAUGACAAACGCAACGCGUUCGCCCACCGCAAAACAAAACCUGCUGCUCCUUCUCACCCUCCCCCUCGCUCUUCCCUACGUUCUUCCCUCCGUUCUACCCUCCGUUCUUCCUCCAUCCCUCCUGUCCCUCCCAUUCCUGUAUCCAUCCUGAAAAGUCGACCGGGAAACAUCACCCUCACUCAAGUCAAACCUCGGUCUUCUUCUGCUCCUCCAUCUCCACCCAAGAUGGAUGACAGUUCCAAUGUUCCGGAGGGCAAUAACAAGCCACUCCCCGUGUCUCCCUCCAUUAGACAUGACCCUCACACACCCAGCCCUCGCACACCCAGCUUUAGAAGCGAUGGCAUGUUUCGUUCCAGUCUCAGCCCCAUGGAGCGCCCUAGCGGUGUCAGUCCUACGACACCUCAUCGAUCCAGCUUGACUCUCAAGGAUCUUCCCGAGGCUGUUCGAUCUCUUCAGUACCGUUAUGAGACAGACAUCAACCGACUGUCAAAGAAGAUCGACAACAUCAACAAGCUCGAACAGAAAGUCGAUGACUUUGUUACCGUGACCCGUGACUACUUUAAAGACCAAAUGGAUGCUCAGCGUGAGCGCCAGUCCGACAUGUGUUUCGAGAUUGCCAAGGCGAAUGACGCCAAGGGGCAGUUUGAGGAGCUCAAGAAGCACCUCGACGAGAUUAAGGAGGAUAUCCCGGUGAUGCGAACCGAGAUCAACGAACUUACCUCGUCGUUCAAUGACCUGAGUGCCAAAGUCGACAUGUGCCUCACUGGAAUUUGGGACAACACUGAGGAGCCAUUCGUGGCCUACCAGCGUCGAAAGAACAGAGAGAUCGACGAAGACAUUCAAGACAUCGGGUCUCAAACCGAAGACCAGAAUCGGCAGAUUACUUUCCUGCGUCGCAUGUUCAUUCAAAUCCAAAUGGCAUUCGACGUCUUGCAACACGACCACGGUCUUCAAGUUUCUGAGGAUGUGAAGAAGAUCCUUCCACCCAACCCUUUGCCAGCACACGACACCGUUCCGACCACUGGUACCCUGCGAAGUCUCGCCUCAUUUGGGUCUGGAGCAAUCCCGCCAGCAAAUACCGACGCUCCAGCAAAGGCCGCUUCACCGGCGCAGACCGCCCCGCCAGCAAAGGCCACUCCAACAUCAACUACGACGGCGGCAUCAGCCACGGCGUCCGCAACAAUAACUCCACCAGGGUCUUCCACUGCAAAGCAGAGUUCGAUUCCUCGUCGGUCCAAGAAGAAGAGCUUGAAGAAGACCUCUAGAUCUUCUGUUGCUAAGCAGACCUCCACCAACAAGACCGAGGAGGUCCCCGCUGUGCCCACCACCCCCCAGGGGAUUCGCGUCCCCCGGGAUGCUGUCCGCGAGGUGCCUGUCCCCAUGGCGGACAUCCACCCACUUUUCCGGCCUCAAUUCAAUGAGGUCAACGCCCCCGGGAUGCCUGGGGUCCACCAGACCGCGGAGCCUUCGGGCCGCGUGUCCCCCGUUGAGACUGGCAAGGAUGAGGCUCGCAAGUAA